ACGCGGCGCGGCGCCCUGUGGAGCCUUCCCCGGGCCUGCUGCCUGCACGGGCACUCUCGGGGGCUGGGGCGGGCCCGGGAGAGAGCAGUGUCCCGCGGCGGAUAAAGUGGGAUUGGGAUAGGGGAGCUUCCUCGCAGCCAGCUCUACCAGCAGACGAGCGGCUUAAUCCGGGGCUGGUUAGUCUGAGAUCUCGCUUGCACCGAGCAAGUGCAGGACAAGCUCAGGUAGGACUUGGACUAGUCCCAGAGACUGAAAAGUGAAAAUCAUGGACGAUAAAAGACGGAGAGCCAGAGUACAGGGCGGCUGGGCAGGUCCUCUGAAGAGCAGAGCAGCCUCCCGUGCAACUCCAGAGGCUUCUCUGGCCCGGAACAAUGUUACUGUGGGCACUGGGCAGGCCUGGAUGAGAAGAGAACAGCUUCCACUUGAAAAACCAUACAUAUUUAAAGAAUCAACAAAGAUGGAACGCAAAGCUCCAGAAACUCGAGUGAUAGACAAACAGGGCCUCUAUGAGAUCAGCACGUCACCAACAGGAGCGUCUCGCAUUAAUUUGAUUCCUGGAUUUAUUGACUCCAAAGAAGCAGACUGGAUGUUUGAGCAGCUCCUUCAAGAGAUACCUUGGGGGCAGAGAACUCAUAUUAGACAGGACCUGUCUUUUGAGGAGCCCAGGCUUACAUCUUGGUAUGGGGAGCUUCCUUACACUUACUCCAGAUUAACGAUGAACCCAAAUCCACAUUGGCACCCUCUGCUGACCUCAUUGAAGAAGCACAUUGAAGAGGUCACCAGUCACACCUUCAACUCUCUCCUUUGCAAUCUGUACCGAAACGAGAAGGACAGCGUUGACUGGCACAGUGAUGAUGAGCUGUCAUUGGGGAGAAAUCCUGUCAUUGCCUCACUCAGUUUUGGUGCUACACGGAUUUUUGAGAUGAGGAAGAAACCCCCACCUGAAGAGAGUGGAGAUUAUACGUAUGUGGAAAGAAUACGGAUUCCACUGGAUCAUGGCACUUUACUGAUGAUGGAGGGAGCAACUCAGGAAGACUGGCAGCAUCGGGUGCCUAAGGAAUAUCAUGCUAGGGAAGCACGGAUCAACUUGACCUUCAGGACCAUUUAUCCAGAACAUGAGGGAUUUUGAAAGUGAAUGACGGCAACUGCUUUGAGCAUUACUGGAUAUAUGUUUAUGGCAGAUGGAAAACCUUGGACUUUCUACUGCUGUUGUGGAGCAAAAAAACCAUAGUGGAUUCAGAGUUACUUUCAAACAGAUGAAACAGAGAAGAGAAAGAAGUUGCUGUCUUGGAGAUUAGUGACAGUCAGAAGCUUCCUGUGACGCAUGUAUUACAGCAUUUUGUUUUCAGAAAUGAUAUAUAAUAACAACUGACACUAAAUCAUAGUUUUUGGUUGGUUUAUUUAACCGUUUUCAUAAAAGGAGACUGGUCAGUCUUUUAUGAGGUAAAAGUGCUUACAUGGAAUUAAAGCUCUUAAAGUUUGCCUACCAUGUGGAAAGAAGAUUCAGUAAGCAGGGUUUUUGGUGUUUUCUCUUGAUACAAUACAAAUUGAUUCAUACAGUCAAGACAAAGAUUGAGAUUCUUUUUCCUUACGAUAAUAUUAGUAAAAUGUGACAGGUUACAGGCCUAUGUGUAAGAAUAAGCAUACUUUGCACUUCUACAUCAUUGACUCAGGAAAGCAGAGCACUUGGAAUGUAUCUGGAUAUUCUAUGCUGCUUUUCAUUUAUGAUUACAAAGUAGUUUAUAAAGAAGGGAUAAAUAUCAUUAUUGUUGUUUGUGUUAUAGUAUCAUAGAGACCCCAGAAGAGAGCAAGGCUCCAUUUUGCUGGGUGCAUUACAGUCUUUGUCCUGAAGUUCUCAUCUACAUGGGCAGAACAGGCAGAGGUACGAACAGAAACAAGUGCAGAGGAGAGAAGUGAUUUAGCCAAGAGUUGCAAGUCAGUGGCAUAACUGAAGAUAGAACACAGAUCUCCCAACUGCAAACUCCUAGCUGGCCUUAACUGUUAGAACAAGUUGUGUCAUUGUUUUAAUAUUAACAAAUAAAGUCUUGCUGCACCCUGGUGAGCUUUAUGAAUAUUUUCUGUAAUGUUGUAGAUAAGAGAACUAAGGUGCCAAGAGACAGGUUGCUUUUGAGAAGGCGAUGAAAUAAUUGGGUGCCUCAUGUUUUCGAGCAUCCCUAUUUGAGACAUUUUGGCCCUUUUUCUUUUCCCAUAUACUGAUGACUUGUAAAUCCUGUUAGCUUUAUUUAGAGUUGUGAGUGCUCAGCACUUUUUGAAGAUCAGAACUCUUGCUACUAAAAUGAACAACCAAAUUCCUAGCUACUUCUCAAGAUUUGCAUCCGAGUUAUUUUUCUUUUCUAGCACAGUGAGGGAAUGGCAGCUCUAUAAAUAGAGCUUCGAACUUGCGACUUUCCCUUCUGUGCUCUUACCAGUAGAGGUUGCUUCCAAAUGUAUACAUAUUCAGAGGAGUUCAAUGUCCUACGGAAAAUUUCCAUCAAACUGCUGGAGUUAGAUUGUCAAACCACCCAAACUUAGGUAGUUUUCCUGGACCAUUUUAAAGAUUGCCUUCCCUAGCUGCCUUGAUCCGUGUUGGAACCAUUAAACUGAUGAUCACUGCACCUAUGCAAAGACAGAAGCACCAUGGGUAUGGCUGAGUACCCAGUAUAGUCAUUUGGCCAUUAACUAUGGCAGGCUGUAAGAUGGUUAUGUGUUCACUUGCUAUAUAAAGGAGGGGCUGUGCAUGGAUAAAUAUCCUGUGUGUUGUCACUCAUCAGCUAUGUUAGGCUGGGUGAUGCCUCUCUCUGGUGUCAGAGCAAAUCAGCAGUUAGAAAAAGCCUAUCCUCUUUUUCUUAGCCAGUGCUGUCUUCUGCAUUGUGGAUGAAAAUUGCUCCCUGUUGAGAACACUCAAGUGACUAAUAGUCUAUUAUGCAUAAGUUUUGACUGUUAUUGGUUAUAGUAAAAGAUAGGUUCUCAUGCCACUGCAGUGCUUGGACUCCAAAAUUAAGCAGAAUUGAUUUUUGUGUGUGUAGUACAAAAGUAUAAUACUGUUCUGUUUGCCCAAAACACUGUACCCCAUUCAAAACAGCUUGCACUUAUAAAACACACAACAGUAAGGUAGGUAUGCCAUUCAAAUUAUACGCCCCAUUCUGAUCAGAGAUGUGUUUCUAUAAGAUUUUACCAUAAGUUUCCUGAUCUUUUCCUUGACUUAGUUUCUCACUUUCAGAUCCAAGUCUUGGUGUGUUUGCUAGAACUAUUGAAAAUUAGUGUUGAAGCAUGCAGACAUACUCUCUGCUUUUAAUUGGCACUUGGUGCUGUGGGUAGAGUCCUGAUUCCAUGUUUGAGCGACACCAUUCCAAUAAAAAACUAUUUCUCAUUAA